ACAGUUCCUAUUCACAAUUCAUUUGUUUCCUACAGCCGUUUCCACUCGUCAAAGCAAAACCAAUCUCUCAUCUUUAUCUUCCUUUCUUCCUUUGUUGCAUUUCUGAAAAUGGCUGAGACCUUGCUUGAAAUUGUGCUGAAGAACUUGGCCACUUUGGUCCAGGGUGAAUUUGCAGCCUUUUUUGGAAUCAGGGAAAAGGCUGAAGAGCUAACACUCACUUUAGAAUUGAUCAAAGCUGUUCUUGAUGAUGCUGAGGAGAAACAAUGGUCAAAUCGUCCUCUCAAGGUGUGGCUGCAGCAGCUUAAGCAUGCAAUGUACGUGAUGGAUGAUAUCCUUGAUCAGUUGUCUACUCAAUCCUCUCAACCUGGGUGCUUCUCAUCUUUGAAUCCAAAGAACAUGAUUCAUCGGCGUGAGCUUGGGAAGAAGUUAAAUAAGAUGAUAGGGAGGUUGGAUCGAAUUGCUCAACGUAGGAGCAACUUUGAUCUUAGACCAGUUGUGAGGAAAAGGUCAAGUGAACUCCAAACUAGCUCAACUAUCGCCGUUCCUCAAGUGUACGGACGAGAUGAAGAUAAAAAGAGAGUUGUGGACUUUCUUCUUAGCUCAUCACAAAGCUCUGAGUCUCUUUCCGUCUAUGCCAUUGUUGGAUUAGGUGGUCUUGGGAAAACAACACUUGUUCAGAUGGUCUACAACGAUCAGCAAGUAGGUAACAAUUUUGAUUUGAAGAUUUGGGUGUGUGUUUCUGAGGAUUUUACUAGGGAGACUAUUUUGCGUUCCAUUCUAAAAGCUAUGGAAGUGGACAAGUCUGACUUCAUGAAUUUAGAAGAAAUGGAGAAAAAAGUGAAAGUGUUGCUACAAAGUAAAAGGUAUUUGUUGGUUUUAGAUGAUGUCUGGAAAAGAAGCCAAGAAAUGGAAUUGGGAUUAACCCAAGACAAAUGGGAUAAGUUAAGAUCUGUAUUGUCUUGUGGAUCUAAAGGGUCCUCCAUUUUAGUAUCCACUCGCGAUGAGGAUGUUGCAACAAUUAUGGGAGCAUGCCAAGCUCAUCAUUUGGACCGUCUAUCCGAUGAUGCUUGUUGGUCGUUGUUUAAACUGCGCGCAUUUGGAGCUGACAAAGAAGAGCGUGCAGAGCUUGUUGCAAUAGGCAAGAAGAUCGUCAAGAAAUGCGGAGGAUCACCUCUUGCAGCACUGGCUUUAGGAGCUGUAAUGCACUCAAGAAGUACAAAAAAAGAAUGGCUUGAAGUUCAGAAAAGUGAGCUUUGGAGUUUACCAGAUGAGAAUGAUAUUAUGCCUGUCUUGAGAUUAAGCUACUCUUGUUUAACACCAACUCUAAAGCAGUGUUUUGCUUUCUGUGCCGUAUUUCCCAAAGAUACAGAAAUCGACAAGCAAGAAUUGAUUUAUCUUUGGAUGGCUAAUGGAUUUAUUUCAUCAAGGCCAAACUUGGAGGUAGAGGAGGUUGGCAACAUGGUUUGGAAAGAAUUAUACCAAAAAUCAUUGUUCCAAGAUGUGAAGAGUGAUGAUUUUUCUGGCAAGAUUUAUUUCAAGAUGCAUGAUUUAGUCCAUGAUCUUGCUCAAUCAAUUUCAGAGCAUGAGUAUAUAUGCUUGGAAGAACAAAACCUUAAUGAUUCUUCAAGAAACCCCCAUCAUAUUGUUUUUCACGGCAUUGAUAAAGAACAAUUCAAGAAGAGAGCCUUUGAAAAAGCUGAAUCCUUGCGGACAUUGUAUCAACUGGAUUCAGAUCCAUUUCCCUUCAAUUCUAGAUUGGUUCCAACAAAUCAUUCUCUUCGGGUUUUGUGCAUAUAUCCUACAAAGAUACCAUCAUUUGGGAGUUUAAGUUGCUUGAGGUAUUUGGAACUUCGUGAUUUGGAUAUAAAGAGCUUGCCUGCUAGUAUUUGCAAUUUGCAUAGAUUGGAAAUCUUGAAACUAAUACAGUUGCCUUAUCUUAGCCGUCUACCGAAACACUUGACGAGGAUGCAAAAUCUCCGACAUCUUGUCAUUGAUCCUUGUUAUUCACUAUCUGAAAUGUGUCCAGACAUUAAAAAACUGUGUGAAUUGAGAACGCUAAGUAAAUACAUUGUGAAAUGCAAGAAAGGGCAUAGUUUGAAAGAGUUACGUCAUUUGAAUCUGGGAGGAAAGCUAAUCAUCGAAGGCCUAGGAAACAUUGGGAGUAUAUCUGAAGAUGAACAUGCCAACUUGAAGGGUAAACAAGAUCUUCGAGAACUAACCUUGUCAUGGUCCAAAAGUGGUGAUAAGACGAAGUUGAGAGUGGGAGCAGAAGAAGUACUUGAAGCGCUUCAACCUCACUCCACACUCGAACUGUUGACGAUAGAAUACUAUGAGGGAUUAGAUUGGCCAACUUGGAUGGGAAACAACAAUUUAGUUUCUCUUCGACUUGUGUAUUGUGGAAAGUGCAAGCGUCUUCCUCCAGUGGGAAAACUUCCAAAUCUGAAGAAGCUUGUUGUGCAAAGUGGCAUGAAGGAUGUGCAGUACAUUCAGAAAGAUGAAAGUUAUGAUGGUGGUGAAGCAAUGCCAUUCCCAGCUUUGGAGGAAUUGUAUUUGUCCUACUUGCCAAACGUGGAGAGGUUGAUGGAACGGGAAACAAAACACAUGUUGUCGAAGAUUGCCCUAAACUGCAAUUGCCAUGCCUUCCAAGUGUUAAGCACCUUACUAUUUGGAAUUGUAGCAAUGAGCAAGUGAAGUCAAUCUCUAAUCUCAACAGUCUUAACCAACUUCGUCUUUAUAAAAGUGAUGAAGUGUCGUGCUUCCCAGAAGGAAUCAUGAACAACAUGACCUCUCUUGCAACUCUGGAAAUAAAAUAUUUCAGAGAAUUGAAGGAACUGCCAUCUGACAUCACAAAACUCACUGCUUUGUCUCAUCUAACCAUCUUUGACUGUGAAAAGCUGGAGUGUUUACCAGAACAGGGUUUCGAAGGGUUAUCUUCACUUCAACGAUUGUCAAUUAACAAGUGUACGAGUUUGGGAUCCUUGCCUGAUGGUGUCCGGCACUUAACUUCACUUCAAUAUUUGAGUAUUGUUGGCUGCCGAAAGUUGAAAGAGCGGUGUAAGAAAGGAACAGGGGAGGAUUGGCACAAGAUAGAACAUGUUCCUCGUGUAGAUAACUGGUAAUCAUUGAUAUGGAAAGGAUGUGAAACUCGCUGCAAGUUCUCCGUUGGAAUUUUUAAGUUAUUAGUUUAAAAUACGCAGGAUUUUAAUUUUUUAUAUGGCAGUAGAUUUUAAAUUUGAUGAUGGGCUUUUAUCCAAUUUCAAGUUUCAACUUAUAUAUUCAUUUAUCUUUUAGCCAUUAGCCACAAAAAUGAGUAUCUAUUAUCUUAGCAAAAAUAAAUGAUCAAAUCAUAGAAAUUGAAAUUGGCCCCUUUAGUAGUUCUUAAUUUGUGUCCUUCAUUGAU